AUGGUGUACAAUUAUACUGAGUAUCGAGUUCUGGAUGAUGGCAUAAAGAUUUGUAACUCCACUGAUAACGACGCAAGGAAUACUUGGAAACUACGUAAUGACUGGGUAAAGGCGACAAUGCAUUACAAAAGUUGCAAUAAACCCAUUGCACCCUUUCGGUUGUAUCAAAAGUAUUACAUUGUGAAUAAGCAGUUCACUGUCUAUUUCGCAGCCAGGAGUCAAUAUUUCACAAGAAAUAGCUAUGGGGUGAGAGACGGUAAACCUCAGGUAUGCAAUGAAAAGUUCAAACCCACAUCAUCAGAGUAUACCCAGGAAGAUCUAUUAAUGUGCAACGAUUCAAUGACCAAUAUAAAAUACGAUGAUGAAUACACAGUUCGGAUUGACUUUUCAAUACUCUAUAAGAACAAGGUGUAUGAUUAUACUGAGUAUCGAGUUCUGAAUGACGGUAUAAAGAUUUGUAACUCCACUGAUAAGUACGUAAAGAAUAUUUGGAAACUGCGUAAUGACUGGGUAAAGGCGACAAUGCAUCAAAAAAGUUGCAAUCAACCCGUAGACGUCCAUGCGAUCUCCCAAGAGUUUUAUACUGUUCGUAUGGAUUUUAGCGUUCUCAUUUUGCCAACAGAUCAGGUGAUAGCAAAGUAUGAUUAUGGUGUGUUUGAAGGUAAACUUAAAAUAUGUAAAGAAAAAUUGAUAAUGUCGUAUUACGUAAAAUUGAUAGGCCGCAUUAAGCCAGCUGGAGUAGCAGUAUUAUGUGCUUUAGCGCUUUCUAUGAUUUGUUUGCUAUUGUUGUUGAUAGUUUAUUGCAUGCUUCCAGAACUGCGCACUCUUCCUGGUUUGAAUUUAAUGAGUUUAAGUUUCGCCGUUUUGUUGUUGCUGACUUACACUGCAGUAUACCUUUCGCUGUAUUCACGUGUAGGUCAAGUGUUAAAGAUCCCUGCAUGUGACAGGAUAGAAAUAACAAAGAGGUUUAUUUUGUAUAGCAUAAUUACGAACGCUGCUGCUAAUGUCUAUCACUUAAGAAAAACCUUUUGUGGCAACACUCUAGUGAAAUCUGAUGUGGAAAACAAGUGGAAAACAUUCUUGAAGUAUAGUGUCUUUAGCUGGGGUGUUCCUCUCAUCAUAACUAUUGUUUAUAUUGUGCUUGAUAAGACAGAUGUUUUAAGAUUUCAUCAUGCAGAUAGUGCUGAUUGUGUCAGUCGUCUUAAUAAUUCUGAUUGGUUAGCUGUUAUGGAAGAAUAUGGUCUUCCGGGUUGUCUUUUGUUGUACAUUAUUGUAAUGUUCUCCUUCACUGCUUAUCGAAUUCGCCAAAAACUCAAAGCAAGCAGCAACAUUGCACAGAAAUCAAAUAUUGUUAAGAAACGCAAUAGCUUUGUCCUAUUGCUUAAGUAG